AUGUUUCUUCUCUUAUUCUUUUUUUUCUUUUCUUUAUUCUUUUUUUCUUUCUUCUCCUCUUAUUCUUUUUUCUUUCUUUUCUUUUUUCCUCUUGGGAUUAUUUUUUUCUUCUUCAUUUCUGUACUUUUUUUCCUUCUCUUUUCUUUUUUUACCUUAAUAUUUUAUUUUUUCUUAAACAUUUCUGAACUUAUUCUUUUUUUCUUUCUUUCUCUUAUUAUUUUUUGUUUCUUCUCCUCUUAUAAACAUUUCCUUAUCUUACUUUUCUUUUUUCUUUUGGGAUUUCAAGUCCCUCUUAUACAUUUCUUGGUUUUUUGUUUUUUAUUUUUCUUUUCUUUUUUCUUCAUAGGAUGUUUUCUCUUUCUUACUCUUUCUGAACAGUUUCUUAUUCUUUUUUUUUCUUUUGUAGCCCUAUUAUGGGAAAAGGAAUAUUUUUUAUACAUUUUUUACAUUUUCCUCCCUCUUUUUUCUUUCUAUCUAUGUUUUUUUUUAACUUCCCUUUCAAAACAGUUCUUAUUCUUUUUUUCUUUCUCAAAACCUCUUUCUGAACUUUUUUCUUUCUUUACCUUAAUAUUUAGGAUGUGGCCUCUUACUACAUUUCAAACACUUUACAACUUUCUUUCUUUCCUUAUUCUUUUUUGCUUCAUUCCCGCAGAUGUGGCAGGUUACUAUUAUACAUUUCUGAACAGUUUCAUAUCUUUCUUUCUUUACCUUAAUAUUGCUAGGAUGUGGCAUAGUUACUCUAUACAUUUUCUGAACAGUUUCUUAUCUUUUCUUUUCUUUUACCUUAAUAUUUAUGGGAUGUGGCAUAGUUACUAUUAUACAUUUCUGAACAGUUUCAUAUCUUUUCUUUCUUUUACCUUAAAUAUUUUUCAUAUCUUUUCUUUCUUUACCUUAAUAUUAUGGGAUGUGGCAGAGUUACUAUUAUACAUUUCUGAACAGUUUCCUUAUAUUUUUUCUUUCUUUUACCUUAAUAUUAUGGGAUUUUCAUAUCUUUUCUUUCUUUCCUUAAUAUUAUGGGAUCUACUGUAUACAUUUCAGAACAGUUUCAUAUCUUCUUUCUUGCGUGGGAUGUGGCAGGUUGCUAUUAUAUACAUUUCUGAACAGUUUGUAUCUCUUUUCUUUCUUUACCUUAAUAUUAUGGGAUACACACUUAUCUUUUCUUCUUUCUGUGUAUGGGACGGUUUUUCAUUUCUUUUCUUUCUUUUUUCUUUCUUUACCUUAUUAUGGGAUGUGGCAUGGUUACUAUUAUACAUUUCUGAACAGAACAUAUUUCUUUUUUCUUUUCUGUACAUUUCUGAACAUUUCCUUAUCUUUUCUUUCUUUACCUUAAUAUUGUGGGAUGUGGCAGAGUUACUAUUAUACAUUUCUGAACAGUUUCCUUAUCUUUUCUUUCUUUACCUUAAUAUUAUAGGAUUUUCCUUAUCUUUCUUUCUUUACCUUAAUAUUAUGGGAUGUAGCAUUUCUGAACAGUUUCAUAUCUUUUUCUUUCUUUACCUUAAUAUUAUGGGAUGUGGCAGAGUUACAUUUCAUUCUGAACAGUUUCAUCAUAUCUUUUCUUUCUUUACCUUAAUAUUAUGGGAUGUGGCAGAGUUACUAUUAGUUACAUUUUCUGAACAGUUUCUUAUCUUUUCUUUCUUUACCUUAAUAUUUUUCCUUAUCUUUUCUUUCUUUACCUUAAUAUUAUGGGAUGUGGCAGAGUUACUAUUAUUUACAUCUUUCUUUCUUUCUGAACAGUUUCCUUAUCUUUUCUUUCUUUCCUUAAUAUUAUGGGAUUUUCUUAUCUUUUCUUUCUUUACCUUAAUAUUAUGGGAUGUGGCAGAGUUACUAUUAUACAUUUCUGAACAGUUUAUUUAUCUUUUCUUUCUUUACCUUAAUAUUAUGGGAUGUGGCAAGUUACUAUUAUACAUUUCUGAACAGUUUCCUUAUCUUUUCUUUCUUUACCUUAAUAUUAUGGGAUGUGGCAGAGUUACUAUUAUACAUUUUCUGAACAGUUUCCUUAUCUUUCUUUCUUUACCUUAA